AUGACUAUUGACAGUCUUGAUUUUUCUAUCGAUCCUUUGUCUAAUUCUCAACUUAAGAACGAAUCAUACAAGUCUUCAAACGACGACUAUUUCGCUUUUGAUAACGUCUCAUUGGGUUUUGAUGCUAUAUCAGGUCCAGAUUGCUGGAGUUGUACUUCCUGA